GUGUGCGAAAGAAGGAGCAGUUUCGAGGAAGUGACGGACGCGGCUCGUGGGACUGGCCAGUGGCCAGAGGAAGUUUGCUCCAUGGUGGCGGUGUCGUGCGCCCCAACCAAACUUUUCCCUUUUUUUAGGCGCCAGCGACGCCGUGGAGCUGGCGAACGGGUCGAACACCGCGGGGAGCUUUCCCCCCCACCUCCUCGUUCUAUUUCCAUUUUAACAGCAUUGUGGAAUACUGAAUUGCGAUAGGAGGGGUGUCGCGGAGGAAUUUCACAACCAACCUCCGUCCUACUUCGUCUUUUUAUUUUUUAUUUUUUAAACGCAUCCGCAAUGGGGAAGGAACAGGAGCUCCUCGAAGCGGCGCGUACGGGAAACCUGGCUGCGGUGGAGAAGCUUUUAUCCGGGAAACGACAGUCGGCUGCCACCGGUGGCGGUUCCUACCCGACGGGUGGAAGCAGUAACAGCGGCGGCCACGCUGCCUCCUCGCAUCCCCUCUCCAGCCUGCUCAGCAUAUGGAGAGGUCCCAAUGUGAAUUGUGUGGACAGCACUGGAUACACCCCUCUACACCAUGCCGCCUUAAAUGGACACAGUCAGGUGGUGGAAUUGCUACUACGAAAUGAGGCCUUGACCAACAUAGCUGACAACAAGGGCUGCUACCCUCUGCACCUUGCAGCAUGGAAAGGAGAUGAGUACAUUGUCAGGUUGCUCGUCCACCAAGGACCUUCGCACCGCAGACUCAACGAACAGAGCUCUGUAGACCAUAAAGAGUUCAAACGCUGUGGGCCCUUUGACCCUUAUAUUAAUGCCAAGAACAAUGACAAUGAGACACCGCUGCACUGCGCCGCUCAGUAUGGACACUCACAGGUCGUCCGGCUACUGUUGGAGGAGCUGACAGACCCAACCAUGAGGAAUAACAAAUUUGAGACUCCCCUGGAUCUUGCUGCACUGUACGGCCGCCUGGAGGUGGUCAAGCUGCUUCUCAGCGCCCACCCAAAUCUCCUCAGCUGUAACACCAAGAAGCACACGCCGCUGCAUCUGGCCUCCAGGAAUGGACACCUGUCUGUGGUGGAGGUGCUGCUACAUGCUGGCAUGGACAUUAACUAUGAGACGGAGAAAGGAAGCGCGCUCCACGAAGCGGCCCUAUUUGGGAAGACAGAUGUGGUGCAGAAACUACUCCAUGCAGGUAUCGAUGUGAACAUGUUGGACCAGAAGGGCCUAACAGCGCUGGACACAGUCAAAGACAUGCCCUCUCAGAAGAGCAGAGAGAUAGCAGCACUCAUCCAAGGUCUUGGAAAACCACCUGACAUCGACCUCCCCCCUCCACCAAUUCCUCCGCCUCUGGAGAGUCCCAGUCUACAGAAAAAGGGUGAUCUGGACAAAAUGAGUGAAUUGAUAUCGGGGCUGGCCCUGAGGCCUGAGGAGGAGAGUCCCUAUGAAGCUCUGUUUGAAGCUACCUCCUGCCAUUCUCUCGACAGCCUGACGAGCGGAAAAUCCUCAGACAGGGACUCCGGAAGACCAGACAGUGAAGCGGGAAAGAAAGAUCGCCUCGUCCUCUCAGCACAUGCUGGUGCUGGUCUUGAAGAAGAGGUGAGCUCAGAGGCUCUAUUUACCAAUAGCAGUAUUGAUGAGAGAGGAGAGCCUGCUGAAGAGGAGGAAGAUCACACAUACGAGUUGUUGCUGACUGCACAAACCAAAGUCCCACCGCCAAGCCAAAAGUCGCAGUUCUACAAAGGUAACGAUGAAAGCGGAUGCAUCCAGUCUUCCAACAGUGUCCUACCUCAGUGUAACGCCAAUGCCCUAAGUGAUCCUAUGGCCCUGAGCAUGGCAAAAAAUACACUUCACCCUCCCCAACGGGUGGGCCAGCGAGCAUCAGAAGAUAACUCCCAGCUCAGCCAGGAUCAGGGUCCUGGUGUCCCGGAACAAUUUACCGGCCUUCUUCACGGGUCCUCCCCUGUGUUUGACUGUCACGAGGAUCCCUUUAGGGUCCCAGGUGUCCUGCCACUCACUCAGAGCCAGCAACAGCCAAGAGCCAAAGCGAAAGAGCAAGCGCCACCUAGCCGUCCCAGUAUGGCUGCCAUCCUUACAGAUUGUGAUCCUAAAGCCAUUUAUGCCACUGUGAACAAGGAGCCCAGAGACUCAGGGUCGUUGUGUGCUGGUAGGAUGCGUCCUCCCGGCGACCUUAAGCUUGCCCGUAGUCUCUCCAAGUCGGACUCAGACUUGCUUGUGUCGCCUCCUAACGAAGAAGAUGGAGGACUAGGCAACCGAAGUGAAUCCGUUUCUAACUGUAGCAGUGGGAAGAAAAGGCUUGAGAAAUCACCAUCAUUCACCUCAGAAUGGGACGAGCAGACAGUGGCACCUUCUCCCAGCACAAAACCACCGGGCUCUAAAUCCCAUGGCAGCAUUGAGAAAAUCAUGACGCUGAUUGGUGCUGGCAUCGAUUUUUCCAGAGAUCAGCAAUACGCUACUCCAGGUGCCUCGGCCCGACUGCUAGAGCAGCCUGUGGGAGACUGGCUGGAGCUGGUGGGGCUGCCACAGUACGAGAGCAAGCUACUUCUCAAUGGUUUUGACGAUCUUCAUUUCAUGGGGAGCAAUGUCAUGGAGGACCAGGACUUGCGAGAGAUUGGAAUCACAGACCCAGGGCAUAGGAAGAAGAUCCUGCAUGCCGCACGGUCUUUACCUAAGGUCAAAGCGCUGGGCUGUGAUGGCAGCAACUCCCUCUCCUCCUGGCUAGACAAUCUGGGUCUGAACGAAUACCUGCACAACUUCCUAACCAGUGGUUACCGCUCGCUGGACUGUGUCAAGAAUCUUUGGGAACUGGAGAUUGUCAAUGUCCUUAAAAUACCCCUGCUUGGUCACAGAAAGCGCGUAAUUGCAUCAUUAGCCGAGAGGCCUUAUGAGGAACCUCCCAUCAAACCGCCUCGGUUGUCUCAGAUCAGGUGCCAAGACCUCCCUACAUCCCAGUCCUCGUCCUCUCUGGGUCAGAUGGAGCCUUACACAAGCCACUCCAUGGAUCCUCUUGUACCAGUAGGUGAACAAGUGAGGAAGAAAGUAGCAGACAGUGACUACGAUGACACCCAAAGACAUCUCAAUGAGCGCCGCAGAUCACAUGAAAGGCGUCGGGAACCCCGUCUGACCCUUCGACCGCCUAGUCUGGCGGCACCAUAUGCUCCGGUCCAGAACUGGCACCACCAGCCUGAGAAGCUCAUCUUUGAGUGCUGCGCCUAUGAAGCCAGUUACCUGGGUUCCAUGCUUAUAAAGGACUUACGGGGGACUGAAUCUACCCAGGAUGCUUGUGCCAAAAUGCGGAGGUCAACAGAACAAAUGCGAAAGGUCCCGACUAUUGUCCUCUCCAUCACAUACAAGGGUGUGAAGUUCAUUGAUGCAGCCAACAAAAACAUCAUUGCUGAACACGAGAUCCGUAACAUUUCGUGUGCGGCCCAGGACCCGGAGGACUUGUGCACGUUUGCCUACAUUACAAAGGACCUACAGACGAGCCACCACUACUGUCAUGUGUUCAGCACUGUCGAUGUGAAUCUAACCUAUGAGAUCAUACUGACACUGGGCCAAGCGUUUGAGGUGGCAUAUCAGCUGGCCCUGCAGGCCCAGAGGACCAAACAAAAGAAUCUCCCUGUGGGCACUCCUUCAGACGUCAUCGAUACCAAAUCCAGUCGACCUGUGCCCAGACCACGAAGCAGUGUUCGCAAAUUAGGGGCGGACCUUUUGGAACAGGAGGGAGAGUCACAGCCCCAGAGUGGCGCCACUUGGUUUGUGGACCCCAAGGAACCCAAGCGUACAAUCAGCACUAAGUACGAGACCACCAUUUUCUGAGUGGACCCCUCCAACACCCCCAUCUUCUUCACCCUUGGCCUGGUCUCACAUGCUCUCCUUUACCUUCCUCUCCUCCCCUGCGUGCCUUUCACUGCGACUCCGCCUGCCGCCACUCUGUCCAGAAUCUUCUCUUGCACACUUGUAGCUCUAAUCCUCUUCCAGCUAGUGUUCACCACCGUCGCCUCUGUUUACCACGUCUGCUCCCUGAACUCUCUCUGCAAUACUUCACCUUCUUUCCCCCUUGGUCAACAUCUCACUGUUGACUCUUGGUGAUAAGCCUUUUUUUUUUUCUUGUCGGUGCUUUUCCUGCUC